GUCAUAUGACUGCUAGAUAACAAACACAACCGGAACAGAAUUGUAUCUUUGUUGUUUGAAAUAUUUCACAUCUUAAUACAUUCAGAUUAUGACAGAGGAGCAGGUGCUGUGUUACUUGGAUCUAAAUAACGUUAAUUCCGUUUUCGCAGUUUGAAGGUUUCACGGUGGUACGUACUGUUGUUUAGUACGAAGAAACCGAACUACAAUACAAAUUUGCUCUUGAAGAUACUCUUGAUUAUCAGCCGAGGAUCAGAGGUCACUAUGGGGUCGGCAGUAGAGAGAACAGAUGAACAUGUGAGAGAGUAUCUAAUCUACCGUGGCUUCACCAGCACUCUGAAACACCUGGACACCGAUAUCAAAGCCGACAAGGAGAAAGGCUUCAGGGUGGAUAAGAUCAUCGAUCAGCUACAGCAGUUUGUUCAGAGCUUUGACCUGUUGGGUCUGAAGGAGUACUGGCUUUACUUGGACAAACGUCUGUUGUGCAGACUGGAGGAUGUUUACAGAUCCACAGUCAACAAACUGAGAACCAGCCUGUUCAGAUACUACGUCAUCAACACCAUCCAGAAAGGAAACCUCGAGAAGACUCAGGAGUUUUUCCAGAAGCAGGCGUUAGAGCUGCAGACUCAGGUUGAGUGGCGUGAUUGGUUCAUUUUGCCGUUUAUACCCACCCCCGAGCAGAACCCCGCCUUCUCUGCGUACUUCUCUCGCCAGUGGGCCGACACCUUCCUGGUUUCACUGCACAACUUCUUGUCAGUCCUCUUCCAGUGUAUGCCCCAGCCUGUUCUGCUGAGUUUUGAUGCUGAAGUUCAGAAAACAACAAGCCUGACUGAGGAGAACGAACAGCUCUGCCAGCUGCUGUUUGCCCUGCAGACGGAGAGUCGGGACCAGAGAGAGGCAAACGAGAUAGUCCACCACAAACUGCCGGUGUACGUCCAGAACAUGGACCGUCUAGGAGACACUGAGCUGGACUUGGUGUCGAGCCUGCGCCCUGUCAGCACUGCAACCACUCCUUCCAGAAACUUUUUCUCUACAUUCCUGCCGCAUGGGAGACGCACUCCGGGGAAGCUGCCUCAGUUCACCACCGGGUCCUCGCCAAGCCAGAUUACAGUGGGUAGGAAGGACAUACCAAUCAAUCUGCCUGCAAAGUCAAAAGAGACAGUCCAAGCUAAUGAGAUGAAGCCAGUUUCCAGCCAGUCAUCAAUCAGUGAACCUAAGAGCUCCCAGUCACAACAGUCAACAAACCAGCCUACAAACCAGCCGUCUCAUCCCAGACAAAAGAAAAUCCAGGAUCAUGAGAAAGAGAGGAAGGAGCUUUUCUCUAAACCACCACCACAGAUACCAGAGAAGAUAGGGGAGACAGGAGAGGGAGAGCUACUUGCUGAGACCUCCAGCGAACUUCCUGACCCCUGCUCAUACAGUAGGAGCUGCGUAGGAGGAGCAGAGGGAGGAGGUCUUACAGCGGAACAGCCUUUCAUCAAACUCAGCCAGGAGGAGUACGGAGAACACCACUCCUCCAUCAUGCACUGCAGGGUUGACUGUUCUGGUCGCCGGGUUGCCAGUUUGGACGUAGACGGAGUCAUUAAGGUGUGGUCAUUUAACCCCAUCAUGCAGACCAAAGCCACCAUCAUGUCCAAGUCUCCUCUGCUGUCUUUGGAGUGGGCCACCAAACCAGACAGACUGUUGUUACUAGGCAGUGGUGUUGGAACGGUGCGGCUGUAUGAUACAGAUGCCAAGAAGAAUCUUUAUGAGAUGAACAUCGACGAAACUCAUCAACGUAUCCUGUCGUUAGCCUGCAGUCCCAGCGGUUCCUCGUUUGUCUGUUCAGCUGCAGCUCUCAGUCGAUCUGGAAGUGUAGAAUCUUCACCUCGACUUCCUAUACCGGUGUCUGGACAGCUGCUGCUCUGGGACACCAAGACUGUCAAACAACAGCUCCAGUUCUCUUUAGAACCUGAACCAGUAGCCAUUAACUGCACUGCCUUUAACCACAAUGGAAACCUGCUGGUGACCGGAGCUGCUGACGGAGUCAUCAGACUGUUUGAUAUGCAGCGGUAUGAGAGCGCUAUGAGCUGGAGAGCUCACGACGGAGAGGUUUACAGUGUGGAGUUCAGCUACGAUGAAAACACCGUCUUUAGCAUCGGAGAAGAUGGCAAGUUCAUCCAGUGGAACAUACAUCGGUGUGGGGUGAAGCAGUCGGAGCAGGAUUUACCCCAGGAUGCCACGGGGCCCUUCAUCCUGUCAGGGUACAGUGGAUACAAACAGGUUCAGGUUCCUCGAGGUCGACUCUUUGCCUUUGACUCUGAAGGCCAACACAUCCUGACGUGUUCCAACAACGGAGGACUUAUAUACAGAUUGACCCAUGGGGAGCCCGCUCUGGAAAGCAUGCUGUCACUGGGUGGGCACAAAGCUCCAGUGGUGACAGUUGAUUGGUGCUCGGCGGUGGACUGCGGCACUUGUCUGACCGCCUCCAUGGACGGGAAGAUUAAGCUGAGCACGCUCCUGGCACAGAAGUCCUAACACACCUUAGGGGUCAGAAGCCAUCAGAAUUUAUGAUAAACUGCUUCAGUUUGCUUAUUUGCUGUAAGAGAUUAUUCCAGAAUAUGUUAACACAGUAUGUCAUUUGUUUCAUGAUGUGAUACAAAAAAGUGAAAACUCACCAACCUGUUAACAAAUCAUAUUUACAAAUAAAAUCCCA